AUGGAAGUGAAGCUACUAGGGUUUUGGCCAAGUCCGUAUGUUUACAGAGUGAUAAGGGCUCUAAACCUCAAGGGUGUGAAAUAUGAUUACAUAGAACAAGACCUUUCCAACAAGAGUGAACUUCUGUUGUUGCAGUGCAAUCCAGUUUACAAGAAGGUUUCGGUGCUUCUUGACCUGGGAAAAUCGAUUUCCGAGUCGGAUGUCAUCCUUGAAUACAUUGAAGAAACUUGGUCAGAGAAUAAUCUGCUACCUGAAGAUGCUUAUGAAAGAGACUUGGCUCGAUUUUGGAUACAGUUCAAUGUAUCUCAGGAAGGUAACGUCGACAGAUACUUGGACAAGCCAGUUGUGCAGCUUAGAAGAAAUGCAAAUUCUGAUGAAUCACCGCCCAACAAGGCGAUUUGGAUUAAUGACACCUUCGUUGAAUUUGAGCACUUGGGGGCCACCAACAAUUCUAAGAAGAGGAAGAUCCAACAGGCUCUACUGGUCUUGCAGGUCCAGGCAGUCAACACCCAACUUAGACCCAUUGUUGGCUUCACCGAGUAG